AUGACCACAGCGCGGUACCGGCCCACGUGGGACCUGGCCCUCGAUCCGCUGGUGUCGUGCAAGCUGUGUCUCGGGGAGUACCCGGUGGAGCAGAUGACCACCAUCGCCCAGUGCCAGUGCAUAUUCUGUACUCUGUGCCUGAAACAGUAUGUCGAGCUCUUGAUCAAAGAAGGAUUGGAAACUGCGAUCAGUUGCCCCGAUGCCGCCUGCCCUAAGCAAGGCCACCUGCAGGAGGACGAGAUCGAGUGCAUGGUGGCGGCUGAAAUUAUGCAAAGAUAUAAAAAGCUACAAUUUGAAAGAGAAUUUAAAAGAUCCAAAGGCACACAAGGAAGUUCUGAGACCAAGCAUAGCUCUGCUUUCAAACUGGAGGAGGACGACGCGCCCAUCAAGCGGUGCCCCAAGUGCAAGGUGUACAUCGAGCGGGACGAAGGGUGCGCACAGAUGAUGUGUAAGAACUGCAAGCACGCCUUCUGCUGGUACUGCCUCGAGUCUCUGGACGAUGACUUCCUCCUGAUCCAUUACGAUAAAGGACCGUGCCGGAACAAGCUGGGCCAUUCCAGGGCAUCUGUGAUCUGGCAUCGGACACAGGUCGUGGGCAUUUUUGCUGGAUUUGGGCUCCUGCUGUUGGUGGCCUCGCCUUUCCUGCUCUUGGCCACUCCGUUUGUACUUUGCUGCAAGUGCAAGUGCAGUAAAGGUGACGAUGACCCAUUACCCACCUAG